AUGCCAGUAAAUCCACUUGAAAAUGACGGUGAAGUGGAUGAGGGAACCGGAGACCAUGGAGUCGAAGACGGAGAUAAUAUAAAUGUUGUUGGUAUGACGAGUCAAAAUAGAAAUUAUAGAGUUUGGACGAAUUUUGAAGAAACAAAACUCGUUGAAGCUUUACUUACUAUGAUGAAUACGGGAGCAUUUAAAGCCGAUAAUGGCUUUAAAUCGGGUUAUUUAACAUUUCUUGAACAAUCAUUAAAAGAAUCUUUGCCGGGCUCCGGGAUUUUAGGGAAACCACACAUCGAAUCAAAGUUAAAAAUAAUGAAGAAAGAUUGGACUAUUGUGCAUGACAUGAUAAAUGGUUCAUAUACUAGUGGCUUCGGAUACGAUAGUGYGAAGCAUUGUGUCGUUGCGGAAGACCAAGUUUGGGAGUCGUAUCUUCAGGUCCAUAAAGGGGCGGGAAAAUGGAAGAACAAACCAUAUCCUUUUUAUGAAGACCUUUGUAUUGUAUUCGGAAAAGAUCGUGCCACAGAAAAUAGAGCAAGAGAUUUUGUUGAGGCGGAACAGGAGGCGCGUACAGAAGAUUAA